ACUUAGCAGCUUUAUUUGCUAGAAACAUUUUAGUGAUUUUCUUAGAACCCGAAGCUGCUUUUCUCCAAUAUGCCCUUUUGUUACGUAAUGUUUACUUUGCAUUACCAAUGUAUACUAGUCUAUGCAAAUCUACAGCCCAU